AUGGCCACGCCUACUCUUGCGCAUGCGGCCGCCGAUCAGCGGCGCGGACCGCCGGUAUCUAAGAGUAUCGCCCCUGUUAGAGCCUGGCAGCGGCGCGACCCGCGACUGGCGCGUCUACAGCAACCCGCCAGUACUGUACCCGCCACGCCCUCACCGCCUGUCGCCGACGUGACACCAACCAACCCACGCUGCGACGCGAGCCGUACUCAUCUGAGUGAGCAACAGAAACGGAGGUCUAAAGAUCUACUUCGAGCAGAGUCAGAAUGCAACCAUACCAAUACUAAACCUGAAACGGAGCGUAAUCAGAUGCCUGCUUAUGUCAAUAAGUUGCCUGACCCAAAGACAAUUAGCAAAAUGUUACGGAUUCCUAAAAUAACCCGGCCAGAAACCAGGCAAGACGGCGAAGCUGUGCCCGCUAAACGUAAGCGGGACAAUGUGUGGACAGAGCUGCCACCUGCUGCGAAGAAGCGCACGUCCACGUCGGAGUUGGUGGCGGCCAAGGAAUUGGGCAACUAUCAUAAAGAAAGACAACCUACUUUCUCAAGGGAAGAUUGUAACCUUCGAGAAGAUAAUGAGCAAAGCUUCUUUGAAUGCCAAAAAUCUAUUUCAAAUAUAAUGUCUCAAGCAAAGGAACACCUUACAGAUGGGCAAUUGGACAAGAACCAAUACAACAAAUUAAUGAACCAAAUUCUUCAACUUAAUGAUAAACUCGAGCUGAAGGAGGCCAAACAGAAAAACAACAAAGUUCCAAGCCCGAAAUUGUCGCCUAAUGAACGAAACAGAUUUGCUGACAUGUGUAUGCGAUACGAUGCUGAAGCUCUUGAUUUGAAAACAAAUGGUUUGCUUCCCAUCCCGCCCAUGAUGCCAAUGUUGGACCCUUAUCAACAACAAAAGCCUUGGGAAGGACCAAGACCACGAGCAAGUGACGAAUUCGGACCUAGACGAUUCCGAGGUCCAAUGCCACCAUAUUUCCGAGCCGGCAAGUUUGAUAAGAGGGCUGUUAGACCGCCUUUCGAUCCUCGUAUGGCGAUGCCUCCUCUACCUACACCCAAAAUUGGUAUGUGUCAAGGAGAGUGUCCGCUAACACCUUACGAACGAAGCGAAUCUCCACCUCCAUUGGGAGCUCCAGGCUUCGCAAUCCCACCGACAGAUUUUAAAGUCAUUGAAUAUAUAGAUCAGGACCCCUUCAAAACCAUCCAAAUUGAUGGUAUACCUCGGGAAAUCAGGUUUUACGGUAACACCGCCGUAAUUAUGCUGGAUUGGGAUGAUCCAAGGGAAAUCAAGUUCCUUCCUGGAUGCAGACGAGUAACGUUCGACAAUAAACACUCAGUAGUACUAACAUUCAGUGAAGGCUACAAGCAAGUGGAGUUUGAUAAUCAAGUAUUCGAUAUUAAAUUUGGUGCACCGACACGAGAACUGUAUAUAAACGGUAGGUGGUACGAAUGUUUCUUCGGUGGACAGCCAUUUGGCGUAAUUAUUGACAGUAGACCAAAAUUUGUUUAUGUAGAAGGGCCUAUGCCUCAAGUGGACAUAGGUAAAGCUAAACGCACCGACUUGGUAGCCGGUAAGAUCAACCUCACUGUGAACGCUACACAGGUGCAUCCAGUGUACUUGGACGCAAAGGUACAAAAGAUUUUGGUCAACGGACAGUAUCUGACCGUGCGCUUCGUAGAUUCAUUGCGCACAGUUUUAAUCAAUGAACAGCCUUUUAAAGCAGAGUUUGGAGGCCUUCCCAAGCCCAUCGUUGUUGGCAGUGAGAAAUAUUUUAUAAGGUUCUCCGCUCUGCCGAGAAAUAUAAAGCCUGGACAUGUUCAGAUUGCUAAUAUGGAAGGUAUAGGCUUGCCACUGCUGCCACCCGUCAAAAAAGUUGGUGAACUUAAAAAAGAAAACCCAAUAGAAGUUGACCAACAAGAACAACCCAUUGCGCGUCCGGUGAAGACGCCCACCUCUGAACCUGACCUCGACAUGUUGGCGAGCCUCAUGCCGUCCAGUACUGUGCCCGCCCCCGGCUCGGAGUACAGCGUGGCCGAGCAUCUAUUCUCCAAAACAGACAAGAUCUCUGGACUUGAGACACCCAUGAAAGAGAAACCAGCUCCAGUACUGCCAAUAUUAGGCAACAUUAAUGUCAACGACCUUUUCGCUAAGCUUGUGGCGACUGGUAUUGUGCAAGUGCCGACCACUACCCAGCCAGAGCCUCAAGAGGAAGUGAAAAAUAAACCUGAAGAAGUUGAGAAUAGACCAAGGGAAGAAAAGAAUUACAUUCAUAAAGUAGACUUGAUGAAUCCCGAGACAUUAAGAGUUAAACAACCAGGACUGGUGGCUAAGUUGUACGAUGGGAUGCAGUGUUCAGGGUGUGCGAUUCGGUUCCCACUCGUGCACACGUUGCGAUACUCGCAACACUUGGACUGGCACUUCCGACAGAAUCGACGCCAUAGGGACGCGGCGCGUCGCGCGCACUCACGACCCUGGCACUACGACCGCUCCGACUGGAUGAAGUAUGAGGAGGUCGAGGACUUGGAGGAGAGAGAAAAGAGUUGGUUCGAGACGGGGGGUAAGCCCGCGGCAUCAGCCGAGGAUACGGCGGAGGCGCCGUCGGCCCCGGCGCCGGCGUUCACCUCACACUGCUGCGCGCUCUGCGGAGAUAUGUUCCAACAAUUCUUCAACGACGACGAGGAGGAAUGGCACCUCAGGAAUGCUAUCAAACACAAAGAUGAUUACUAUCAUCCACUCUGCUUCGAAGACUACAAAACGCCACUAACAAAGGCAGGAGAACCUAAAGCAAAGGAGUCCUCUAAGGACGUCGCAUCUGAGGAAAAGAUGGAAGAGGAAGCAAUUGAGAUCAAAGAUGUGGAUGAGACUGCAGAGCAGUCUGACAAUGAGUCUGUAGUUGAGGUCGUCGAGGACCCGAAGGAGUUGGACCCCGUUGACAUCGAUGACGAGGAUGACGUCGUUUUUCUACCAGAGCCAGUGGUCGAGGUUGUCGUUGAAGAUGACGCUGAAACGGAUGACGAGCUUACUGCUGAAAGAGCUGAACGAGACCGUCUCGCACAGAUUGAUUUCAGUAAGAUCAAGGUCAAGCAGGAACCCAUCGAUCUCGAUGACGAACCUAUGGUAACUGCUGAAGAAGAAACCAUCCCAACGCGAAUAGACCACACAAAUCCAACAGUGGAGUCAUCUAUCGACGGCAACUUUCAACUGGAUGCAGUAAGCAUUCCCGCAGCCUCUAUACCCAUUGGAGGAAUCCGAAUCAACAUCUCCAAAUCCUUUGUGACUAAGAACCAAGAAGAAAAAAUACUGGAGGACGUGAGUGCUGGUAGUGAGCCCUUGCCACCAGGUGAGGAGCCUGAACUAGAGUACACAUUGAAACCUGCACUUCAGGGUGUCCAGUUCAGCAUACAACCUCCAGUCAACCAAGGUAAUGAGCUCUCUGGGUUGUGCUCAAUCAUGUAA